AUGGCUGCUCUGGAGAGUGGCAAUAAGCUCUCCACGCUGUUGCCUACAUUCAGCUCACAUUGGCUUCCUAUUCUAGAGGAUAUUUCCUCGUCGACCGCGUUUUGUGCCAAAAUCGCGGUCAUGACAAAAUCAAUGGAGGCCAACGAUGAGUGGCACUAUGUGAGCAUGGAUGCAACCAUCAAGGUCUGCUUGAAACUCCUGGGACAAGAGUCCUAUCGAGCCUCGAAAGCCAGACGAGAUGCUGCGCCCUUCGGAGACGACACCGCCUGGCGGCGGAUUCUGACAGUCAGAGGUCGCACUGGUGCUGUCCUACUUCUACAACCUCUUCAGAAUGAGUCGUCCGAGCAGCUGGUUGACGUCCUGAAAGACAACUUUACUGUCGAUCAGCUUGGCCGGAUCGUUCAUGUCGCAACCGACAGUCCUUCUGAAAAGCUGUACACCCACUUAAAAGUUAUUUGUCCCAGGCUCGCCUGUCUCAUGUUGGAUCCAAUCCAUCUCGCGAUCGUGUACGAGUACGGUUUCUGGAAUAAAAGAAGUGCAGGCUCGAAGCAGCUGCGUCGCAUCCUCACCAAGUGUGUCAACGUCGACAUGGAGCUGGAAGAUUACGAAUGGAAUUCGUACUAUGACGGCACCAUGUCCAGACCGUUGAACCGAGAAGAGGAGAAGUAUCGAGCUAUGAUUCUGAAUCUUUCGAUGCCUCACCGCACUGCCAACAACGUCUUGGACAGUCUCAGAACGGACCUGCCGUUCUACUCUCGAUUGGAGUUCAUCAAGUGUAUUGCUGCUUUAUGUCAACGAUAUCGGACUGAAGUCGAACGAAAAGCAGCGGGACCAAACAAGGAGAUCUACAAGAUUCUAUGGUCCUCCUGCGCUCCGGACAGGCUCGAGUGGUUGAUGAAUAAUGUCCGCGCUCGACAACGCAUCAGGAGAUCCUACGUGAAGUUUCUGCCGAGGGGAACUUCGAGCAAUGAAGCUCUACACGCAGAGCUCAAUUCCUGGUCCCGCAGCACCAACACAAUGCAUCGGUCCACUUUAGCCCUGCGAUUGCGCUUCUACCAUUACAUAAAAAUGCUGCAGCAUCACUUGUCGACGGUGCAUCCCAUGACCCACACAGUCAGUGCCAGCAUGUUGUUGGGCAGAUCUCUUCAUGAAUCCUUAUGGACACCACAUGACUGGGCGACUUGGUGUGCUGAACAGCAAACAGAUGGCUUUCAGUCGAAGGCUUCUCUUCCUCUAACGAAUGCGAGAAAACAUGAAGCUGCACGAGUGCGGCAGUGGGUCAUGAAGAAGCCCUCGGCUUCCAAGCGGACUAGUCCCAUGAAGAAGCGGCAUGUCACGCCGCUAUCAGUGCGGCGAAUGCACACGCUGCGUAGUUCUGGCGUGAAAUUACACUAA